AUGGCUACCGCCGGCUUCUCCUUCAAACUGGACCCUUCGAGUCUGCCACGGCUCAACAGCAGAGGUGACAACUACGCCGAAUGGCGUGCGGCUUGGACCAUCGCGUUCCGCUACGCUGAACUGUGGGAUGUUGUUUCUGAUGGGAAGGCACCCACUGUUUCCUCGCCGCCUACAGACGCUGAAACGGCUCUACAGACGAAAUGGAAGAAGGACGACAACAAAGCAAUGGUUAUGCUGAUGUCGGCAGUGCACGAAGACAUCGUUAUGCUUGUCACAACAGCCUCGACAGCCAGUCAGGCAUGGACAGCACUGGCGGAUAGAUAUGACCGAGAUACGGCACACUCCACCAUCCAACAGUUCAGACGAUUAACGUCUAUGCGUUUUGAUGAGAACGAAGACCUCGUCCAACACCUUGACGCGUUUCAUCAGACCUGGGUUAACAUGGAACGACGCUGCCGUACAUCUGAACACGAACUGGCCAAAAACCUCCUGGCCGUUUUCUCUUCCCAGUCUAUCAAAGGCUUAUUCUUUCUGUCAACGUUGCCUGAGUCAAUGGACAACGUGGUUGACAAUCUGUCUACUCGCGGCGUCAACAAGUUCGUUGACAUUGAACCGAAGAUGUUUGACAUCGCGUACAGACGUCAACAGCCAAUGGAUGAAAAGGCCUUGUACACCAAGACUGCAGGAAAACGCACAAACCCUCGAUCAGCAACCAACAAUGACGAAUGCACAUGGUGCAGGAAACACAACCUUGCCUUCGUUGGCCACGUAUACACGAACUGUCACAAACUGGCGGACUUCAAGAAACAGAAAGACAAGAACAAAAACAAGACGAAUGUGCCAAACAAAUCGAAGAAAGGCAAACACAAUGCCUGUCAGGCAACCACAUCUGACUCCGGUGAUGACGACGAUGAGACCUCUGAUACUGACGAAGUACAAGCCUUUGUGGCUACGUACGCAGCAUCAAGCCCAUCACAUACAGCAUCUGUUGUACCAGAAACACGUUCAACUACACUGGGCACACGAUCUGCCACGCUGGAAAGUCAACACAUCGUGGACCUGACUGAUGACGACGCUAUCCAUGCGUUUGCGGUAAACGUUACCCCCAAUCUCUUUCUGUCGCUUCAACGUCUGCAUGGAUCUUUGAUUCCGGUGCCUCCAGACACAUGUCAGGCCAUCAGACGGGUUUCUUUGACCUACGACCGCGCAAAGGAACUAUAUCCAUCGCUGGCGGCGCCAAACUGCCAGUCGAAGGGAUUGGAUCCUCGGUAUCUGACCAACACCAGACUGUUCAGCUGGUCUCACGUUCGUCAUCGCUUUCGUCUGACGGGACACGCGGACAACAUCACCGUCUACACAAACGGAGGAAAGUGCGCCAUGUGGGCGAAAUUCCAUGACGGAGGUUUCAAAAUACAAGCAGAGGAUGACAUACACACAGCCGACGACUUUGGCUAUAUCAUUUAUCAGCCUGACGAAACCCACACGGAUAACGCUGCUUUUCCCAUUACAAAGACUUCCAUCGUUCUGUUGGUCAUGUCCCGUAUGUCUCGCAACACAGCACAGCGUCUGUACGCCGACGGAAACACAGUUCCGACAAAGCCUCCUGACUGGCAUUGUUAUGACUGUGAAAUGGCUAAAUCUACCUCCAGAAAACUUACCACACUUGCUGUGUUGGACGGACAUGAACGAGCCCAAUGGCCCUUUGAUGUCAUACACACUGACCUCUCCGGCAAAUUCAACUGUUACCUACAUAUUCCUCGUAAGGCCCGCCAACCGGGAACCAAAUUGCACGAUCGGGCUGAGCGUGCGUUCCUUGUGGGAUUUGAGAGCCCGUCUGUGAUGCGCCUGUACGUGCCAACGAGACGAGCCAUUACAACAGCCACGCUGUCAAACGUACGAUUUCUCUCCGCGGCAAACAAGGUGCAUUGGGACCUUGAAGACGUUCAGCCGCCUGGGGAGCCGGCCGUAUCCCUACAGCCUGGGAACAAACGUUCUACAUCCGCGGAAAUACCCAUGAUUCAACUACCACACAUGCAAAGUACCACAAGAACGAACACACCAGCUGCCCAACAGACGGGACAAACGACACCAACAACGCCCACAACACCUGGAAUGAACAGAUCACCGUGGUCACCUCCUUCCCGAGUUAUUAACACUGUUCGGCAGUCGACCCCUUUGUUAACAUCCCAAGCCUCGUCCACCAACACACCAUCUCCACCAGCUACAAGAAGAGGUCCACGAUACGGCAAAACGUAUACGGCAAAACCGGCUGCUGAGGAUAAUGAUUGUGUGAUUGCUUUCGCAAUGAUUGCGGUGGACGAUGAUAUACCUACCACACUUACACAAGCACUUCGUUCGUCUGAGUUAACACACUGGCAACGUGCUGCAGACGCUGAACUGUCUGCCCUUACGACGAAAGGCGUAUGGGUUGAAACACCAUUGCCAAAAGGACAACCAAUUAUGACUCCACUCCGGUUGCCCGCUACGACUCCCUUUGGUUUGUUAUCCGACUUGGCUUUGCGGGCCGAAACUGCUUACCUCUAUUCUAACCUAUCCCACGAAGUGUACAUGUCCGUACCUGAUGGCUACAAAUGCCAGACAGACAAACCAAUCGCUCUGCGCCUUGCCAAGGCACUAUACGGUCUCAAACAAUCAGGACGUAAGUGGUUUGGCACACUUAAACGAACUAUAAAGAACAUGAAGAUGGUGUCUUUGCCUUCUAACCCGUGUGUUUUCCAACGUCAUGAUCUGAUUGUUGCGGUGUACGUCGACGACAUCGUCAUUACCGGGACAGACGAACAGGUGGUCUCUUUCAAAACACUCUUGUCAACCAGAUACAAAUGCAAAGACCUUGGACCUUGCCGUUACCUUUUGGGCUUGGAAGUUACACAAACGUCCCAACAAAUCACCAUCAGCCAGUCCGGAUACGUCAAACGCAUUCUCCAGCGGUUUGGAAUGGCGAACAGCAAGGGUCGCGACACACCACUUGAUACAGGCACUUUGUACCCACGUUCGUCCGGCGACGAUGAACGGGCAGAUGUUGUGGAAUACCAACAGUUGUCUGGAUUAAUUAACUUUCUCGUGACGGCUGAACGCGCAUUGGUCUACCGACGAUUGCAUGAUGACGGCAUGACACCAACGAACAAGUCUGCGCUGUCAGUUCAUUUGGAAGUUUACGCUGAUGCAUCAUACAACUCCGACCCCGACACAGCCAAGUCCGUUAGGGCUUACGUUGUUCAGUUGAACGGCAGUACUAUUGCAUGGUCUGCAAAGAAACAGAAGACUGUUGCCCGCUCUACGUGUGAGGCUGAAUGCAUGGCAUGCUCCGACGCUGCUUCGCAGUUAUUGUGGAUAAGAUAA